GUACACUCUUUUUGAUAUUGCAAGUUCGUUAAAUCUGACACAAGGUUAUUGGAUAUGUCUGGGAGAUACGGUUUGUCAACGCAGUUCCGUGGUGUUUCUUCAACAUGCACCUUUAGAGCUCCCAUAGCUCCCACGUCUAGGCGGUUCUCCGCAGCAUGCCACCUGAAUCAAACAUCGCCCUCGUCUACGGCCAAGACGGAGGAUAAUCAUGGCAAAGAUGGCUCAAAAGAGGACAAAAAGGAUAGUCCGAUGGGACGCCGUUUGGCUCAAAUGACCGAAGAUGCGAUGCUAGAAGGUGGACGAUCUGCACGUCGCAACAUCGAGCAAGCAGGGUUCUCAGAAGAACUGAAAAAUGAGCUUGCAGAGCGCAUUGCUGCUUCUUCAUUCAGGAGCGAGUAUGCUGCUGCUCAUUCUAUAGUCGAAAUGCCCUCUGCCGCAGGACAGGGCACACGAGAGAACGCCGCCGCUCCCAAAUGGACAGGAACAGAGCGCGUAGAGGACACGACUUUACGCAUGCUAGAUGACGCGAGCAAACCAAUCCGAAUGCCUUACAAAAUCCCCGAUCCCGUGAACCUCAAAAUCGCCCCGAAGCCCAAAAAGUCUCGUGGAGAACGACUUGCCGAAGCGAAAGAGCGCACUUCUACCUACACACUAAGCCAGGCUCCUGGGUUUUCCGAAGAGGAGCGAGAGAAUAUGCGCCGUGAGAUGAGGGAGAACCUGACACCUGGGGCGCAUUCCAUGCCAAUCUCGAUCUCGGGUCUUUCGUCGCUGGCAGAUGAGCGAAUCCAAGAUGCGAUUGCGCGUGGACAAUUUGAGAAGAUACGUCGUGGGAAAGGCGUAAAUACCAAGACGGACCACAAUGCGAGCAGCGCAUUCAUUGAUACAACCGAAUAUUUUAUGAAUAAGAUUAUCCAACAGCAGGAAAUUGUGCCGCCGUGGAUCGAGAAGCAACAACAGCUUGGUUCGGAGCUCAAUCGAUUCCGCGAACGUCUUCGAGCGGACUGGCGGAGACAUGCUGCGAUGUUGAUUGCGAGCAAGGGUGGGUCUUUGGACGUACAAAUGAAGCGGGCAAAAGCCUAUGCUGCGGCCGAGACUCGGCUGGCAGACAAAACGAAGCUGGAGGCUUCGUUUGAAGAAGAUACAUCUGUCUCGGAGAUCAACACUGAUGGCCGGAUAGUCCCCAAGUCGGAGACAUCCCAAGGAUCACCUGCAAUUAAGAAUGACAGCGAGGAAACCUCGGAAGAUCUAGCCCAUCUCCCACCAUUGAGAGACCCCGGCUACCUCGCAAUCGAGCGUUCUUAUCACGAACUCGCCGUGAAACAAAUAAACACUCUCGCACGCUCAUACAACCUCCAAGCCCCAGCCUCCGCCCACAAACCAUAUAUCAAUCUUGGUCGAGAGCUCAACGCAUGCUAUGCUGCGGUAGCGCCUGAGCUAGCGGAGGAAAUUAAACGCCGAGCGACAGAGCGUGCGCGUCCAUCAUCAAUCGUUCCGCCGGUUUCUUCCAGCAAGUUUGGGUCACUGGACAUGGCGCAAUCUGUACAGGUUCAUGAAGAAGAUCAGUCGAAGGGAUACGGUAUGAAAGAGCUGUGGCGCGAUUUAUUCACUAAAUCCUGA